CGGAACCUGCGACUGUGAUCGGUUAUUGCUUUAAACCGAAGGAUGCUUUCGGACCGGAGCCCGUAAUAAAUUACAGGCGUCAUAAAGGAGAAAGCUUGGACCCAAUUCAUGGAAUAAGAUUUUUAAAACUCUGAUAACUCUCCCGUAAGCUUGCCUCACGCCUUUCUGCUGAGACGAUGGGUGAGCAGCCAAGACGGGACACGAUGGGCCGCCAAAUCCUGGCCAGGAUAACCGCCGCGGCUGAGGAGGACCCCCGCACUGCACAAGCUUUCCUAUCAAGCAGGAAGUCGUCGGAGGAACGUCCAACAGAUCAACCACCUCAAGCUCAGGACCCUGUCAAGCCGAUGUCGCCCGAAGAGGAAGAGAAGACAUUUAUCGAGUUAUUGUUGACUUUUGGGGCCGCCUUCAGGGUUUCGCAGCUCUGGGAGUUCCACGGAAAGGGUGCAAUAAUAACGCACGGCCAGCUGGCCCGCUGGCUCUACUCUUCGUAUAAUUUCUCAAGCGAGUGUCGCCAAUUAUUAUUAUUCCCAGCACAGGGGAACGGAGACCCUAUAGCUUUGCACCCACCCAUACAUUUAUUCGACUCCCUUCCGGAAGCUGACAAUCCCCGCCAUCAGGUGCCACGUCGAUCAUCGUUGAUCUUGCUGCUGCUGCAGCCGCAAGAGUUGCCGGGUUGUCUGUGGGGUCUUGUAGACGACCCGUCUGAUAGUCCCGGAACGCCUGAUGAGGAAGCGGAGGAGGCGGGGCUGGAGGUGUCAAAGGACGGCUUCAUGGCGUUAGUUACCGCCGGCGGCACCACGGGUGACGGCGGCGACAUCUCUAGAAGGGCGCGCGCUGACUGGGGUUUGGGCGUUUUGCCGGUGAUCAUCUGGAUGCGAGUGCGGGGCACUAGGCGGCCGCUUUGGUAA